GGGGGGGGGGGUGUUUAGACCUCCCUCAGUAAGAAGCUCUAAUAAAGCCUGAGUAUCACCGCGCUACACAAACACGACAGACAAGCAGAACGAGUUGACGUUCGACUUUGGGAAACGAAUUAUCUCGCUUUUUUCCUCAAUAAUAUCGAAGUACCUCGAUUGUAUCCGAAGAACGCAGGCAGAAUGUCCGACAACGCUGAGGUCGAUAGGAAGGACGUGGAGCUGAACGAAGUGGAUCUGGAAAGACAGCCAAUGACCGCCGGAAAUGGUGAUGCUAGCUCAGCACUGGCUGUGACAAAUGGCAUCGUGAAAGUCAAGAUUCCUGACGAGCAGGAAUCCAAAUUUACUGGACUGUCUAAGGAGGAGCUGUUGAAAGUUGCUGGAACUCCAGGCUGGGUGCGAGCUAGAUGGAUACUCCUCAUUUUCUUCUGGCUCGGUUGGCUGGGGAUGCUUGCUGGUGCCAUUGUCAUCAUUGUUCAGGCACCUCGGUGCAAGCCGCUUCCUGAGAUGAACUGGUGGGAUUUUGGGCCCUUGUACCAGAUUGGAGAUGUUCAAGCAUUUGCAGGACCUUCUGGCCUUAAAGGUUUGGAGGCAAAGGUUGGUGCUUUGGGACAACUGAAGGUGAAGGGUAUGAUUGUAGGUCCUAUUCAUGUGUCCACUGCUGAUCAAUCUGAUGCCCUGAACUUAACUGAGAUUACCCCUUCUGUUGGCAAUCUGUCUGAUCUGGAGGCACUUAUUAGUGCAGCACACAAGAAGAGUGAGUUGUUUGUGCAUUGUCAAAUAAUUAACUGCCACUAUACUAUACUACAGCAAUUCUCAUUUGCCUUUGCUUUAGGCAUCUCUGUGGUUUUGGAUCUGACCCCUAACUACAAAGGGACUGAGCCAUGGUUCUCCAACGCUUCGGUAGCAAUUGUGGCAGAAAAAGUCAAGGAUGCCACUGAUUACUGGUUAAAGAAAGGUGUUGAUGGUAUCCUGCUAUAUGGUGUUCAGCAUGUUGCAACUGUUGCACCAUCGAUUUGGGCUAGUAUAAGGGAGACUGUCAGUAAUCACACUGAAGAGGAGAAGAAAAAGGUCUUAAUUGGAGUUACCCAGGAGAUGCUCCCUGAUGAGGUGAACAGGCUGUUGAAUCGCACUGCUGUGGAUUUGCUCUUUUCUGAUGUACUGAGAAAUGAAUAUGGUGCAGAGAUUGGUCCAGUUGUGGAGACUCUCUAUUCCCAUAAUGGGGCCAAACUGGCUUGGAACUUGGAUAACCGUGUUCAGGGACACUUGCCAGACUCUGUGAAUAUCAAAAUGGCCCAGUUGCUGUUGCUUACUCUGCCUGGUACUCCAGUCUUCAACUAUGGUGAUGAAAUUGGAUUAAAGGAUGAGAACACAAUCUCUCCAGCGAUGAUCUGGGACCUGUCAGACACAAAUGAGACUACGAAGACUGCGGUAGAGCGGAGCAAAUCUCUGCGCACAUUCUUUGUGACUGUGAGUGACUUGAGAGGGAAGGAACGUUCCCUACUCCAUGGAGCUUAUGUGCCGCUGUACAGCACCUCUACUGCUCUCGCGUACCUGCGGGCAUGGGACCAGAGCGAACGCUACGUAGUUGCAUUCAACUGGUCUCCUACAGAACGAGUCACUCUAGCACUAAAACAUGAAACGCUUCCUGAGAAAGCCAUGCUCGUUGUUAAUACUAGUGAGGAAAAAGUGGCCCAUGAUCAUUUCAUGAACUUAGGCAAAUUAGAAUUGGAGCCACAGCAAGCUGUUUUGCUUAAAUUUCCUUAUGUUGCAUAAACAGCUAGUCUAAACAGAAUAAGAUGUGGAUAUUUGGUACUGUUACAUUUAAUGAAAUAUUGUCAAUGUACUAAAAAUGUGUAGAUGUGACAAGUAAAAUUAAAAUACAUUGUGUAUGCAUAUGUGCACAUCAACGCCCAAUAGGUCAAGACCAAUGGUUUUAUUCCCUACAUUUUAUUUUAUCCUUUAAAAAAACAUUCCAAGUUUCAGCCUAUUUAAAGGAUUUAGUGGUAGUAAUGUGAUUGAAAGAUGUUACUGAGUUAGAUAUGAUGUUGGCGAACUAAGAACCAUGUGCAAAAAUAGCAUUUAAAAUAAACUGGAACCAUGUACAUGA